CUUCUAUUAGAACAUUUAAACAAGCCUCAAGAAGCAGUAUGCAUUGUACGAGAAAGCAGAAGCGUUGAAGGAGCAAAACUUGUAGCAAAAUUUUUCACUGAACUUGGAGACCAAGAUUCGGCUAUUCAAUUUUUGGUACUUUCUCAGUGCCAACAGGAAGCCUUUCAUCUCGCAGAAAUGGAACAAAAGAUGGAUGUUUUUGCCGAUGCUGUUGAAGAUGAUGGAACGUUGGAUAUAUUUUUGCAGUUGGCUGAUUAUUAUGCAAAAAAUAUGAAUUCUCAGAAGGCUGGGUUUUUUUAUUACAAAGCUGGACAAUAUUCGAAGGCACUGGAUUACUUGCUUACAAACGGCGAAGAUACACAGGCAAUGAAUACGGCAAUAGCAUGUGUAGUGGAAGCACGAGAUCCUAACCUAAAUUCUUGUAUGAUUGACUAUUUGCUUGGUGAAGCUGAUGGCAUUCCCAAGAAUCCAAAAUUCCUCUUUAAAUACUACAUUUCAAUGAAAAUGUAUCGCGAAGCUGCAAAAACAGCGGUUGUGAUAGCUACUGAAGAGCAGGCAAAUGGUUCAUAUCGAACUGCACAUAAACUAUUGUUUGGAAUGUAUCAAGAAUUACAGAAUGAAGGGAUCAAGGUGCCAUUUGAGGUGCAAAACAAUCUUAUGUUGCUGCAUAGCUAUCUCAUAAUCAAGAGUUUGGUGAAGCGUGGCGAACACAUGAAAGCUGCACGUAUGUUAAUAAGAGUAGCCAAUAGCAUCAGCUAUUUUCCAGCACAUGUUGUACCUAUUCUUACAACGAGUGUUAUUGAAUGUAUUAAAGCAGGCCUCAAACAAUCAGCAUUCAAGUUUGCUGUAGAACUUUUAAAGGAUUGCAAUCGGAAAAGUAUUGACGAGAAAUAUCGUAAGAAAAUUGAAGCUGUUGUAAGAAAACCUGAUAAAUUACCAGAUCCAGAAGAGCCCAAGACAUGUUGUCCAUACUGUGAUAAUCCAACGGAAGAAUCAAUCCUUGUUUGCGCAUCAUGCAAAAAUUUGAUUCCCUAUUGCAUUGUGACGGGCAUGCAUUUGGUUACGAAUGAUUUUGCAGUAUGUCCAUCAUGUGGCUUUCCUGGUUUUUAUUCCGAAUUGAAAAGGCUUGAGGAUGAGAAAGAAAAUUGUCCAAUGUGUGGUGACGAACUCAGUGGUUUGAAACUGAUGGAUGAUGUGAGGCAAUUUCUAAUGAAAAAUUGA